UAAGAACAUUUAUGAGGCAUGGAACCCUCCAUCAGAUUUGGAAGAAAGUAGAGUGAGCGCAGAGGUGACAGACAGCCACUGAGGCCCAUGGACAGUCUCCACUUCAUGCUUCUCUAUCAAACUUUAAGAUUUAUUAGUAAUAUGCUGCCUUUGGAAGAUGAAAAGAAACUAGUGCCAAGGAAGCAUAUUCUUCAAUAUUUGGAAUAGACGUGUUCUCAAGACAAUGGCUUCAAAGGUCUCCUGUUUGUAUGUUUUGACAGUUGUGUGCUGGGCCAGCGCUCUCUGGUACUUGAGUAUAACUCGUCCUACUUCUUCUUACACUGGCUCCAAACCAUUCAGCCACCUAACAGUUGCCAGGAAAAACUUCACCUUUGGCAACAUAAGAACUCGACCUAUCAACCCACAUUCUUUUGAGUUUCUUAUCAACGAACCCAAUAAAUGUGAGAAAAACAUUCCUUUUCUUGUUAUCCUCAUCAGCACCACUCACAAGGAAUUCGAUGCCCGUCAGGCAAUCAGAGAGACGUGGGGGGAUGAGAACAACUUUAAGGGGAUCAAGAUAGCCACUCUCUUCCUCCUGGGCAAGAAUGCUGAUCCUGUUCUCAAUCAGAUGGUGGAGCAGGAGAGCCAAAUCUUCCAUGAUAUCAUCGUGGAGGACUUCAUUGACUCCUACCAUAACCUUACCCUCAAAACAUUAAUGGGGAUGAGAUGGGUGGCCACUUUUUGUUCAAAAGCCAAGUAUGUCAUGAAAACAGACAGUGACAUUUUUGUAAACAUGGACAAUCUUAUUUAUAAAUUACUGAAACCCUCCACCAAGCCACGAAGAAGGUAUUUUACUGGCUAUGUCAUUAAUGGAGGACCGAUUCGGGACGUCCGCAGUAAAUGGUAUAUGCCCAGGGAUUUGUACCCAGACAGUAACUACCCACCGUUCUGUUCGGGGACUGGCUACAUCUUUUCAGCCGAUGUGGCCGAACUCAUUUACAAGACCUCACUCCACACAAGGCUGCUUCACCUUGAAGAUGUAUAUGUGGGACUGUGUCUUCGAAAGCUGGGCAUACAUCCUUUCCAGAACAGUGGCUUCAAUCACUGGAAAAUGGCCUACAGUUUGUGUAGGUAUCGCCGAGUUAUCACCGUGCAUCAGAUCUCUCCAGAAGAAAUGCACAGAAUCUGGAAUGAUAUGUCAAGCAAGAAACAUCUCAGAUGUUAGAAUUUUUACCAGUGUAAAUACGUUUCUUUUCUUUUUUUAAGAAAUGGGACCUAAGGUGUUGGUAUUUUCCAGGUGUCGGGGGAAAUGAACUGGUGAAGGGGUUUUAUAAAGUUUUUGCUUCCUGCUAUAAGUUCCUUUCUUGGAUUACCAAUUUAUAAACGUUAGACUCUGGUCAUAGAAACAAUAAAUGAGUUAGAAGGGCCAGAUUUCAUUCUCAGUCCCAGAGCAUUGCUAUUUAUCUCAAAAAGUGACUUCCAGACAACUCCUAGGAUUGACGUACUGUGCAUCUGAGAUAAAAAUUUGGUUCUGGGAAACUGAAACUCACAGUAAUGUGUCAUAUCAUCUCUGCAAAAAUUAAUACAUAAAUAGAAACCAUUUUCAAAAGCAAUUCAGAAAGGAUGCACAGUCAGGAAGACACACUGGACGGGAUUAUUAAUAUCGUGUGUAUUGUUACAUUAUAUUUUUACAUAUUUUGCCAUGUAAUGUGUACGGUAUUUGCAGUUCCACCAAGAAAUGAACUUGGUACCUGCAGAGAGGCUGCAGUUAAAUAGAUGGGAGUUUAGAUUUGAGAAUCAAACAUUCCAAGUGUUUGGAAGACAACUCUGCUUGUUCCUCCAAGGAUUAAAUCUGGUCAGCAGGUGGAAUGUGUACAAAAUGCUACUUAACAAAGUAAACAAAAGAUUUUUUUUCUUUUUUUUCUUUCUUUUUUGUUUUGCUGUUUCAGAAAAAACAUUAAGUGGUGCCUCCAAGGAAACUUUGCCAAAUGUCAUCUCACCUGCUUCCUUCCAGACAGUGUUGCUAAGUGCAUUUCACAGUUUCUGGAUCUGGCAGGCAUAUGUCUCUAUGUAGAAAAUAAGUUGGUUGGAGGCCGAACAAUAAAUCACACUGAGAAAAUAGAAAUUUAAGUAUGCAUUAUAAUAUAACAUACGCUUAGCAAUAGUAUAAGAUGCCCCCCAACACAUUUGCAAAGCACGUGAGAAAAUCUUUAAGGGUGUCAAUAUUAUUGAAAGACAUGGCCCUACUUGCUAACAUCUGGAAACACCAGAGCAUGUUCAGCAGCAAUGCUGUUAUGAGGUAUUCUGGGGGCUCUGUGAUUGAGGAAAGAUGGGGAAGGCCGGGUUCGGGUCCCGUUGAUGCCACCAUACUUAUUGGGCCAUAUGAGUAGGCAUCGUAAUCUUGUGCUUCAAUGUGUUCAUUUAUA